UGCAUCCCUCCCUUCCUCCCUCUCUUCCCUCCCACUUCCCGCACCGCCGCGCCUCUCGCUCGGGCCGCGCUCCGCCGGGACUCGCUGCAGUGAUGAAGAUGAUGAAGGUGCUACCGUGCCCUGCUGCUCUUCUUUUCCUAGUGACUGCAUUCACUAUGGAGCCAUCUCACUGUGCCAAGGUGCUGAUCAUGCCCACCAUAGUCUUUGACAGCCACUUGCGAGUCUUCAUGCGGGUGGCAGAGGCACUGACUGACCGGGGCCAUGACCCUGUGCUGCUACUCCAUGAAGGUCGGGAUGUGGAGACCUCCCUGCCCCUCUUCCGCGUGCAGAGGUACUGGGGAACCUUCAGCACAGAGAGCGCAGAUGCUUGGGUGCAGGAGAAGAUAAAGCGUAUCUUUCAAGGGAAGAUGACCUCCCUGGAGGUGUUUUCAUUUUUGGAGAAGUACCUGGAAAACUGUGACCUAGUACUGGGAAAUUCUACCCUUCUGCAGAAACUCCAGCUGGAGCACUUUGACCUGCUUUUGGUGGACCCCAAUGAGAUGUGUGGAUUUAUCCUGGCCCACAUCCUACACAUCAAAUAUGCUGUUAUUUCCACUGGUUUCUGGUUCCCAGCAGAGAUUGGUGCCACUUCCCCCAUUGCCUAUGUCCCUGAAUUCAACUCCCUGAUGACAGACAGGAUGGGCUUUUUUGGUAGGACUUGGAAUCUCCUAGUCUACAUAAUCACUCGUGUGGCUACAAAACUGGUCAUCCUGCCCAAGUUUGAACGUCUCAUGGAGAAGCAUAGUGUGGAGCCCAAGACAUCCAUGUUGGACCUUGUUCAUGGAACCAGUCUAUUCUUCCUGUGUAAUGAUGUGGUGUUGGACUUUCCCCGUCCAACGCUCCCCCAUGUCAUUUUCACAGGGGGGAUCCUCGCUGAGCCUGCAAAGCCCCUUUCAGUGGGUCUGCGUCUCUGGGUGGAAGCAGCAGAGGCAGGUGUCGUUGUUGUCUCCUUUGGCAUCGGGAUCCGAGCUCUUCCAAGCGAUUUGGUGGAGAAGAUGGCUGGUGCAUUUGCUCGCCUCCCGCAAAGGGUGGUGUGGAGAUAUUUUGGUCAGAAGCCAAGAAACCUGGGUGAGAAUACGCUGAUGAUGGGGUGGCUGCCCCAGAAUGACCUGCUAGGCCAUCCCAAUGUGAAAGCUUUUGUCAGCCACUGUGGGAUGAAUGGUAUAUUUGAGGCAAUUUAUCACGGUGUGCCAGUGGUGGGAUUUCCUUUCUAUGGGGACCAGUUUGACAUCAUGACCAGAGUGCAGGCAAAGGGCAUGGGUAUCCUCAUGGACUGGAGCAGACUAAAAGAAGAGGAGCUUUACCAGGCUGUCAUCACUGUCAUCUCUGACCCCAGCUACAGAAAAGCAGCCCAGCACAUCUCAGCCCUGCACCUGGACAGACCAAUGCACGCUCUCAACAGGACAGUGUAUUGGCUGGAGUACAUCCUUCGGCACGACGGGGCACCCUUCCUUCGCCCGGCUGUCUACGACCUUUCCUUGUACGAGUACUUCUGCCUGGACAUAUUGGCUCUUCUCUUGCUGUGUCUGGCUGCUAUUGGAUUUGUUCUCUACAAAUCUGUGCUGUGGUGCAGAAGGAAAGGGGCCAGCCCUGUGUAUCAGAAUGGCAAUUGCAUGAAAGGCCACUUCACAGAUGAGAAAAAACUGCAGUAGUGGCCGGUGUGUUCCAGAGCAUAUCCCAUCACUGUGAAAUGAACUGCUGCUGUGCCAAGAAAUGUAUGGCAUGCAGGCACGGAGAGAGGUGAAAGAUCUGCAGGUCUGGAUGAGAAGAGAGUGGGGAGGGAGGAGUAUUGCAAAGGCCUGUGUCUACACCUCUGUGUA